UCAGUAAUAGAUACGUUUGCAGAGGGACGGUGGUAGCGCAAAAUGAGCUGGCAUUAAUUAGCAAGUCAUACUCGUUGUAUACGCAGCGAGUUUUGUGAAAGGGAAUUUGAAAGUUCGCUUUGUAACGAAUGAAAGGCGGCCCGCAAGAAGAUUAAACAGAAAAUCCCAACGCAUCGAACCCGUGAGAAGAACCACACGAGGAACACAACUGUUUUGGAAGACUAAAAAGAAGUCAACAAUUGUUGGCAGAAACAAAAGUUUUUUUUUUUGUUUUGUUUUUUUUUAAAGAAAACUGAAAGUUCAGAUUUAUGUUUCUGUACUGACUGUCCUGACUUGCCAAACUGCAAACUUUGUUUUUCCUACGUGGUUAAAAGGGGAGGAUGGAAACACCCUUUUAUCACGAUGAUGUGUUGAAUGCAACUCUGGCACGCAGCGCUUACUCGUACAACAACAUGAUGAAGAAAGACAUGACCCUAAACCUGACCGACCCCGCCUCCGGCUUGAAAUCGCACCUGAGAGACAGUGACGGGAUCCUCAACUCUCCCGACAUGGGGCUCCUGAAACUCGCUUCCCCCGAACUGGAGCGACUCAUCAUACAAUCCAAUGGAAUGGUCACCACAACCCCGACUUCCCAGUUCCUCUACCCGAAAUCCGUGACUGAGGAGCAAGAGUUCGCCGAAGGCUUCGUCAAAGCGCUGGAGGACCUUCACAAACAGAACCAGCUCAACGGGACUUGCGUUCAAGCCGGCACCUUGGACCUGAGCUCGAAUAACGCCUCUAGUGUCAGCAUGCACCCGGACCAUCCAAUCUACACUACAUUGAGCGGCUACGCCAGUGCAGUGGGGACCAAUGUGAACUAUUCCACAGACACUGUACCAUUCCCACCGCCUCCUCCCCACCAUAUGGGCCAGCAUCAACAGCAGCAGCAGCAGCAGCACUCGCGGUUACAGGCGCUCAAGGACGAACCCCAGACUGUACCAGACGUGCAGUGUUUCCGGGAAAGCCCCCCGCUGUCUCCCAUCGACAUGGACACGCAGGAGAGGAUAAAAGCCGAGAGGAAGAAGAUGAGGAACAGAGUCGCCGCUUCCAAAUGCAGAAAGAGGAAACUGGAGAGAAUAUCGCGGCUGGAAGACAAAGUCAAAUCUCUCAAGACCCAAAACACAGAGCUAGCCUCCACGGCAAGCGUCCUGCGGGAGCAGGUGGCACAGCUGAAACAGAAAGUUAUGAGCCAUGUAAACAGUGGGUGCCAGUUACUGCCACACCAGGUCCAGGCUUAUUAGGAAAAAAAAAAAGAACUUUCUAGAGGCCUGUAUAAGCUCAGAACUGAUUGCUGUUGACGUGUGUGUGUGUGUGUUUUAAACCACAGAACGGUAAUUGGGCUCAAAACUAAAGACUUGGACACUAGUGGCUCACCAGCCUAAUUGUAAAGAAGGUUUACAUGGGACUGUUUUAUUACCGUUUUCACCCAUUUCUCCACUGGGGAUUAAGAUAAGUUAUCUCUAAAUGACGUCAUUUUGUAUUUGAAAGCCUUAUUCAAUGAGAAAAACUCUAAAAAGUAUUGUGCAUGUUUGUGACGACAAACUUGGUGAAUGCCACCAGGGUCUCGCCGAGUGCAUUGUGUUCCAAGUGCAACGCCUUAAUGUUUACAAGCACUCAGAGAAGCAAAAAAAAAAAAAAAAAAAAAAAAAAAAAAAAAUGUAUAUUUUAUAUUAAACAUUGACCUCUGUACAGUGUCUUAUGUUUUCAACGUCCUAUUUUUUAUUUCUACUUCGCAAAAUAUGAAGCUGUUAUGGUUAUGUUUUAUUAUUCUGAUGAUAUGAGUUGCGUGUUUGUUACCUUUUUGUUGGUCUAUUUAUAUGUUGCACUGAGAACAGUAUGACUUUGUCAGUCUUCACAUUCCGGUUAUAAAUUACAACCUGGAACUCGUGUCCAAAUAAAUUGUUAACGAAUAAAAAUAAUAAUAAUAAUAAAAAAAAAACAAACAAACAAAAAAAAA